CCUGCGCUCCCAGCGCGGUCUAUUUAUAUCGUCAGGCCUGCACAGGCCCAUAUUGGGCAGUGCCCGCUGGUCAAGCCCGCUAGCUGCCCCGCCCCGGCCAGACUGGCCCGAUCCGCGCGGCCACAAGGCCAGGUUGCGGCGCCAUCCCUGCGGCCUCUGCGGAGCCAGUGGGGCCGUGCCUCAAGCCGGGGGUCAGCAGCUUUUUCAGGUGUACAACACAGUAAUUGGACAAUUUCAGACAUUGUGCAGUGCUCACUACGCUGUGUCCUCAUGCUGACUUAUGGGGACAUGGCUGUUGCAGUUCCAGACCUCUCAUCUGCAGAACACAUGGAUGCCGCCAGCCACUAACCAGAAACCUGAGCUUCACUCUGAUUAAGCCCAUCUCUGGUCUCACACCCGUCCCUGAACCAGUCACAGUGGUCCUACACCAUCCACUCCAACAGAAGGCAGGUUGGAUUCUGGGGGAAACCCAACAUUGUCCACAGUGUUUAUAAGGAGUGUUCCAGCACAUCUCUGUAGCUUUUUGAGUAAUCAGACAUGCAAAUAGCCCCACAAGAAUCCAGCUACCUUUAAAGAAGACGUACUUAAAAACACUGAAAAGUGUAUCAUGGAGUGCAAGGCUGAGGCAAAAGAAAAAUACCAACAUAGUUUGAAUUUACUGAAUCAAGUUAAGAGCAUGAAAGAAUUAGCAGAAAUGAUCGAUGUCGUACUCAUAGCAGAAGGGGAGAAAUUUCCUUGCCACAGGCUAGUCCUGGCUGCAUUUAGUCCUUAUUUCAAAGCUAUGUUCACCUGUGGACUACUCGAAUGUACUCAGAAGGAAGUCAUACUUUAUGACAUCACAGCAGAAAGCGUGUCCGUGAUACUGAAUUACAUGUACAAUGCGGCUUUAGAGAUUGAUAACGCCAAUGUUCAGACUGUAGCUAUGGCUGCCUAUUUUAUGCAGAUGGAAGAAAUCUUUAGUGUGUGUCAAAAAUAUAUGAUGGACCAUAUGGACGCCUCGAACUGUGUAGGUAUCUAUUAUUUUGCAAAGCAGAUUGGAGCUGAAGAUUUAUCUGAUCAAUCGAAGAAAUACUUGUAUCAGCACUUUGCUGAGGUGAGCUUACAUGAAGAAAUACUAGAAAUUGAAGCACACCAAUUUCUGACACUUAUUAAAUCAGAUGACCUUAACAUAUCCCGGGAGGAGAGCAUUCUGGACUUAGUCCUGAGAUGGGUAAAUCAUAACCAAGAACUGCGUACAGAGCAUCUUGUUGAGCUUUUGAAGCAAGUCAGAUUGGAACUUAUAAAUCCUUCUUUUUUAAGACAAGCCCUGAAAAGGAACACAAUGCUUCUGUGUGAUGCAGAUUGCAUUGACAUAAUUCAAAAUGCAUUCAAAGCCAUCAAGACACCCCAACAGCACUCUCUAAAUCUUCGUUAUGGCAUGGAGACUACUAGUCUUUUGCUUUGCAUUGGCAACAACUCUUCAGGAAUCAGGUCAAGACAUAGGAACUAUGGGGACACAAGUUUUUGUUAUGAUCCCGCUUCACGGAAGACCUAUUUUGUCUCGUCUCCCAAGUAUGGAGAGGGCUUGGGAACUGUGUGUGCUGGUGUGGUCCUGGAAAACAACACCAUAAUUGUGGCCGGAGAAGCAAGUGCCUCUAAACUCUCUAGACAAAAGAACAAGAAUGUUGAAAUCUAUAGGUAUCACGAUAGAGGAAACCAGUUUUGGGAAAAGUUAUGCACUGCUGAAUUUCGAGAGCUCUAUGCUCUGGGCAGUGUCCAUAAUGACCUCUAUGUUAUAGGAGGACAGAUGAAAGUUAAAAACCAGUAUCUCAUUACAAACUGUGUGGAUAAGUACUCUGUAGAACGGGAUAGUUGGAGAAGGGUGUCUCCCCUUCCACUGCAGUUGGCAUGCCAUGCUGUAGUAACCGUGAAUAAUAAACUUUAUGUGAUCGGAGGCUGGACCCCUCAGAUGGAUCUCCCUGAUGAAGAACCAGAUCGACUAAGCAACAGACUGUUGCAGUAUGACCCCAGCCAAGAUCAAUGGACAGAGCGGGCGCCCAUGAAGUUCUCUAAAUACCGAUUCAGUACAGCUGUAGUCAACAGUGAGAUUUAUGUUUUGGGUGGAAUUGGCUGUGUAGGUCAAGACAAAGGCCAGGUUCGAAAGUGCCUGGAUGUGGUGGAGAUCUAUAACCCUGAUGGGGACUUCUGGAGAGAGGGCCCACCUAUGCCAAGUCCCCUGCUCUCCCUUCGAACCAAUUCUACCAAUGCCGGAACAGUGGAUGGCAAGCUCUAUGUCUGCGGGGGAUUCCACGGAGCAGACCGACAUGAGGUUAUCUCCAAAGAAAUAUUGGAGCUGGACCCAUGGGAAAACCAAUGGAAUGUUGUAGCCAUCAAUGUCCUCAUGCAUGACAGUUAUGAUGUCUGCCUGGUGGCCAGGAUGAACCCCCGAGACCUCAUCCCCCCGCCUUCAGAUCUGGUGGAAGAAGGCAAUGAGCACUGAGGUCAGUGUUUGCGGUAAGACCUCCUGCUGUGUCUGCACAGGAAGCAUUAGGAAUGGAGAGAGCCCCCAGGCACCAGCCAGUCACCCUGGUUAUUGUGUGUUACAUGCAUAGCGGCCCAUGUGCAAAGCAGUGUGUGCUGGAUGCUGUGAUAGGGAGUGUGCAGAGUCUGCGCUCAAGGACCCCCAGUUGGCUAGGAUGGACAAGACAUUACAAGGUCAAGAAGCACAGGAAGACCACAGGGUGAGUGCCAUAGGAAUCAAGGGAUACAGGGACCUCACACUGCUGGGGACUCAAGGAGAGCAUUGCCAAGGAGCAGACCUUUUACUGGGGCCUCAGACGGUGAAGAAGCAAUCCCAUGGGUGCAGCUCAUGGGGACAUCACAGAAACAGCUGACCAGAGCUGGGUCAGAUUGCCUGGGCCAUAGGCUCUGCUACUAAGGCUGGAAAAGGAGAUUGUAGAUAAGUGACCAACACCUGGAAAAGCAAGGACUUUGGACCUGGUCUCUGAGCAGGGGAAUCAUCUCAAAAUCUUGUGAUGUUAAAGGAAGACUUCUCUCUGCGCUCUGUUCCAGUUUCAGUCUUACAGAGACUUUCUAUUCUCGUGUAGAGACUUUCUAUUCUCUUCUACUACAGCGACAUUGCCCAAAAUGGGGCUAGUGGUGGACCACAAGUUCCUACCAGCCCAGGCACUCAAGCCCAACCACAGUGAGGAAAGAAACUCCACCCUCAGCCAGGUCUGUGUCAGGGACAGAUAUGGGGAGCUCUGCUGCCCUGGCCCACUCUGGGGUGUCCUGGACUAGACUUAUCCAAGCUGCCCUCCAGCACACAUGACCUUCUGCACGUUGGCACUGAGCAGGCUCUGGUGUGGAGGAGAGAGCAAACACAUCGCUUUGGCUGCCUGCUCUCUUACCUAGCUUUUGCAGUAUCUUCCCCAAGACUGCCAGUAGGGAUGAAGCUGCCUGCUUCAGCCCACAGUUGAGCAUAAUCAGAAAACAGCCACUCCCAGAAUACACUUUAGGGGUGACAUUUAAACAACACAUGGGGAAUCCAUCUAUUUUAUUUGCCAUCCAUACUUCUGGAAGCACAGUGGAUUCAAAGAGUGCAUUUUGGUAGCUGUUCCUCGAUAAUUUCUCCGGAGUUUCCCCUUGCACAGGGCUCCUUUUUAAACAGGAGUGGUCAGUAAAUUCCCUAGAACCUUCCCAGAGGGAGACAAUGCUAGAUUGAGACAGCUCUUGUCUAGUGCCGAGCUGUGUGACCGUGAUGACGGUCAGCCUAUGUUCCCAGGUUCCAGCUGCUAAACCAGGCAGAAGAGGCAGGUCCAGUGAGAAACCUGCUUCUGCCAACAUGACAGGGGUCCACUUAGACCCAGCACAGGUUGUCCCCAAAUAGGCCAGACUCUAGGAGGGCAGGAGCCACACCUGUCACUUGGCGGUGGCACCACUUUGAACCUGCAUUGAGCAAAGUGUACUUUUAGGCAGUUAUGCAUGCAUCCAUUCCCUAGUGUUUAUACAGAGGGUUUUAAGAACAUUUCUUGCAUGAGUUGAAAUGAGCUGAUCCUUCUCCCUGGUGGAGGCUCAUAACCUGUGGGGUUUUUUUCUUGCCGCAAAGGCAGAGCAGUUCCUCUGAGUGGGCUGUGCUGGUGUGGGCAGCCGUGGUUGCGGAGAGCCCCCCCUCCCCCGGCAGCUCUGUUUCCCUGACUUCCUCUUAACAGAACCACUGCGCCUGUUCCACCCACAAGCACAUACUAGAAGCUGCCACACUUCCCUGCAUCAAGGAGGGAAGCACACUUGUCAGUGUGUCAUGAUACAUCUUGUCGAUGCAUUGGGUUCGAGAUCUAGGCUCUAGUGCCAGGCUUGCUACUUUGCUAGCUGUGUGAUCUCUUGGGCAACAUAACCUUUCCAAAGCCUUAUUUUCCCCAUAUGCAGAAAGGGGAGAAAAAUCAUUUUUAGGGUUGGUAUGAGGACUGAGUGAGAAAGUGCUGAGCAAAGUGCCUGUCAGAUACUAAAACAAUAAACAGCCUUCAGCUGCCAUUAUUUCUAGAAUCAUUAUCAUUGUAAUCCGCAUUUCCCAAAGCAUAGUGCCCACAAUGACCCAGUACUUGAGUGGACUCUUGUGGGAUGGUAGGGGAGCUAUGCCUUCAUGUGAGAUGGUUUUUCAUUUCCCAGACUCACACUCAGCUCCUCCAGAUGGUGUGCAAAUAAAUAAGCAAGCUUCGCUUUUAGUAUCCAAUUGAAGCCCUGGGUGCUUCUUGUCUGACUUUCAUAUUUGUUACUAAACACAAGACACCUCUACCCUCCUGUUGUCAGAGAUUGUCAGGGAUUCCACUUUGAAUUCCUCCCGCUCCUGUUUUCACCUCAAGUGAAGGUUGUCUCUUCAUAAGUGAGGGGACAUGCAUGUCAUGGAGUACUCUUAGAAAACUUUGACUCUUUGCUAGUUCUUAUCUUUGUGAAGCAGGAUUUCUGCACACUGAGCACAGAACACAGUAGGGAAACGAUCUGGAUGCCGAGGCUGGCGAGAGAUGGCAGCCAUCAGCACAUCCGGGUUCUGCUUGCGCCCACUAAGAAAGCGCCACUGUUCUCGCUGAUUGACUUUAUAAUGAGCAGAUGCUUUCAGUUUGAA